GUUUGUUUUGUUGAGUUUUUCUACUACGGAAAUUCUAAUUUUUAGCUUACCGAGUUAACUUCAACUAUGACAAAUUCGCCGUUCCUCUCUGUUGGGUAUUAAAAAAGCAGUCAUGAACGUAUUGGAAAAGGCGGAGAAGGCAUUGGAAUAUUUAAAAAACACAGAAGGGCUUGUAAAAGGUCAUGAGCUGCAAGCUGCAGCAGGAACGUUGGGGCGAUGCUUAGGAGCACUUGGAAGCCGGCAAAACUGUGCUCGGCACUAUGCCAACUUACUGCAUACAGCAAUACCCACAUUGCUAACAUUAGCUAGUAAUGAGAGUGCGGAAUUGCGUUUGCUCGGGGAUGAAGCAUUAAACAGAGCAGUGGCUGGUGGAUUUGCAUUUCAUUCAUACAAAACGAACAUUGUAUUGCAAAACCAAAUAGAUACUAAUAAAAAUGCAAGAUGGAUAAGAGCAGCCCUAUCACGUAUAUGCCUCGGCGAUUGCUGGCUUCGACCUGGCGUUGGCAAGAUUCGUUCACAAGCUCAGACACUAUUCCCUAAACUUAGUCAAAUUGUGAGACAGACCUCGGAAAUACAACUCAUUGUUGAGGCAUUAGAGAAUAAUUUGCCUCGGAUACUGAAAGCUUUGGCUGAGUAUACCACAGAUGAGGAAAUUUCAGAAUUGUCAAAGGCCCUGCUGAUGCACGUGGAGAGUUCAGAGCCAGCGGUGCGUCGUGGUAUCGCUAAUUGUGUCGGACACUUGUGUUCGCACAGAGAACCUUUACUCACUAACAUACUAUCGAAAACAUUUGAGAAGCUGUGGCCGUCAGCGCAAGAUGACUCAAUGGUUAUCGGAUGGUUUUGCGUCAUCAAAGCCAUAUUUCAGAUAAACGAUAUAACGAAGUUUCGAGAAAACGAUCUCUUCACUGUUCAGGAUUUUUUGGAGUUAUAUCAGCUCUGUAUCCAUUACAUCGAGCAGUCGACGACGGAACACAACAUACAGAACACGGUGAUAGAGUGUCUCUCUGUGUUGCUGUCUCAGGCCAAAGAUGAGUACAGACGGGCGUUGUUGGAAAGACAUCCCAGGCCGGUGUGUCUCGAUGACAGGCAGACCGAGAAAGGGCACAGAAGGAAUAUUAGCCACGGCAGCUCGGUGUCGGCGCGCUGGGCGGCGCCGCUGGAGUGCCGCGACGCCGAGCUCAGCUUCAGCGGCGCGCUGCGGCUCGGCAGCGUGCUGCAGCUGCCGCAGCACUGCGCCAGCACGGACGACCUCGCCAUGCAGACUCCAGAUUCACCAGUAAGUGAGUCAGACAUCCAAAUGCCGGAUACAGAGCAGCUAUCCAAGGAACUGUCUGAGAAGUUACAAGAUUACGAGGACGACGGAACUGAUGACGACGUGAUCAUCGCCCGUGAUGGCGAACUAAAGGUCAAUAUUGGAUCGUCAACGGAUGAAGAUAUUCGGCUUAAAUACUGCGCAAGACUUCUGACGUCUAAGUUUCUGCUCACUGGCAAUAAAGGAGGAAUUAUAUCUGAUAGAUCGGUUCGUGUGUCAGUCAAGUCUUCAGCUCUGACCUGCCUCUCGGCGAUAGUGCAAGUGUACCCGCAAGCUAUCACGUUGUAUGUUGAUAAGGACGCAGAUGUCAAAUUUCAGAACUAUUCUGCAUCUUCAGAAGGAACAGAUUCGAAUCCGGAUCACAUAAACGAAUUUAUAAUCGAACGUAACGUCUGUUACCAGGAUUCGAUAACGGAAUCCUUGAGCCAGGAACUCUUAAACCGCAGCACAGAUAGUCCUUCUCAGCUGAUAUUUAAAAAAGACAGUAAAUCUCUCGAGAAGUCCACGGACAGUGAACUGAAGAGCUCCAAAGAUGUCCAGAGCAACAUCCUUGACAGCAAAGUCUUCGCCAAGGACUUAGUUGCCAGCGGUCUGAGCGCCGACAGCACUAACCCCAAUAUGACAAACAGUAAUUUCACCACUAACUCCAACAUGACGGGAAGUAUCGAUCAUAUAUCCACAGGGUACCCGAUGUCCAGCAGUGGGGACGUACUGUCUUCGAGUAUAGAUUUGGACAUGAAAUUUGACCAUUUCGGCGAAUCGACGACAAAUUUGGAUACCAUAGAAUUGAAAGAGGAGAAACGAGAGAAAAAGGAAUUGAAACGUAUGGAAGAAGUCGAUAGUAGGGAUGUUCCGGAUAUCGAUAAUAAUGUCGAGAGUAGCAACGAUAAAAGUGAUUUCGAAUAUCAGCAUAUGUCCGAUGUGUUCUUGUUACUAGAAAGUCAUAAUGAUCCUCAAAUAAGGGGGUUAGUGAGGGUUUGUAUUGGAAACUAUUUGGUUGCUGCAUUGGACUUGGCUCACGGGGAUUACAAUAGAUGGCGUAAUUAUAAUCUGUUGUGUAAGGACGUUAGUGAGUUUAUUAGUGUGGAAAAGUUAAUGGACAUUAUUUUGAAAGGACUCUCAGAUGAGAUUCACUCAACAGUGAACCACACACUGUCGUCGCUGGGCGGCCUGUCGGCGGCUCUGAGCGAGAGUGUGCACUGGUGUCUGCUGAGCGACGCUUUGAAUUCCCUCAUCAGCGUACAGUACAAUGGCUACUGGCUGUGUAGAGUCAAUCUUGCUAAGUUUUAUGAAUCGCUACCCUAUCAAAAAUUAUUCACAUUACAUCCAGAUUAUUUAUCUAGAAGUAAACUCGUAAUGGACGCGCUACUGCACUUGUUAGCCGAUCAAGAUCAGAAAGUUCGGACGGCGGCGGCGCAGGCGAUAUCGCGCAUCGUACCAAAAAUUUAUCCAUCGAGACGAGCCACGCCCAUAACGAUGAUGGCUCAGAUGUCUAAAGAAAACAGUAAAAUAUUCACAUUCGACACACACGGACUAGCUUUAGACUUAGUGAGGGAUAUAUAUUUCUACAACGAUAUACCUGAACAGUUGAAGGUUGGGAAGAUUCUAGAAAAUACUGACAGUUUGAUGACGAUCGUCGGGGACUUGGUCGCGAGAUUGAUGGCGUCGAAUUGCAAGAGCUAUUCACAAGGUUUACUCGAGACAUUGAAAUUAAUAUGCCAUAGCUGGUCACCCUGGAAGCACACGGAGGCAUAUUCAAAUCAAGGCCUACUGGGCUAUUGUCUAGAUAACCUAGACUAUUGCAAUGGUAACGUCAAUGUGAGGACAAUGCUGCUUGAUAUAUGCCGUUUGGUUUAUCCAGUGGAAAUCCACAAUAUAAUGCGCAGCAGGACGACAAAUAGAGAUAUAUUCGAACGCGACACUCAAGAAACUAAGGAAAAAUGGCAACAUUUGGAAAAUCAGAAGGUCGCUAAUUUAGCUGAGAAGUUCCUUCAAGUUACAUUGAAAAUGCUGAAUGUGUUAGUCCAUUUGAUAGAGGAAGUUAAUCCUAAUGUACAUCUGAAUAAGAGUGGGAUUGCUUUACCCGGGAGUCCAGUUAGAAGGAAAACUCAAGAAACAAUCCCUAGAAAAAAUAGCAUACCAUCAGAAUCAGAAGACAAAGGAUCUCUAAGAAAAAAGCCGCACACGCCUGCGGCGAGCCUAAAGGCAAACUUCGCAGGGCAUUUCUUUAAUGACCCCUUCUACAUGAAGCUGUAUGAGAAUUUGAGAGCUACGUACUCUAAUCAUAAGAUAAAUCUAGAGCCAAAGAACAGUAUAUUUCACGAAUUUUUAUCAACGACGCUCAACUGCUUAGCCAUACAGCUAGAACUAUCAACGGAGAGAGAAUUCGGUCCAGUGACCGAAGAGAUCUUAUAUUACCUCAAAGUCUUAAUGCCCCUUUGUCCAGAUCAAACCGUCUACUGUGUGACUCAGCUGUUAAAGUGUCUCUUUGGUACCAAUAUGAUAAACCAAUACUCAGACUUUAUGAGUAUUGCCACAAAGAACCUCAACGACGAAAGCCUUAACUUCUUUCAAGAUGUCAUGUUGGUGAAUUCCUUGAAAUUAAUCGAGGAUGACAAGAGUAGUAUCAGCUCGAGUUCCAGUCAGAAACUGUCCCUGGAUAGUAAGAAUCCGAGGAUGAUGGACGAGAGGCACCUCCUCAUGAUGAUGGAGAAUUUUUCCAAGAACCGUACAGACCGGAAGUGGAGUACUAAUAAGAAGGAAUUAGAGAGGUACAUCCGAUUGUUCGAACCUGUCGUCAUUCAGUCUUUAAAAAGUUACACAAUGCAGAACGACAUUCCGCUGCAGUGCGCUGUUCUCCGUCUGCUGUGUCAGCUGCUGGCUCUACGAGUCAACUACUGCAUGCUGGAUAGUGACCAAGUUUUCAUCGGCUUCCUAAUGAAGCAGCUCGAUCUCGUCGAACAGCAUGAAAUUCCGAAUUGCUGCGAGCUCGUCAACAGUAUUCUAUUAUUUUUGGUGCAACUUUCCUCUUCGAAACAUCACACUAAACAAAUAAUUGAAAUUCCUAAGUUGAUACAGCUGUGCGACGGGCUGAUGGCGUCCGGAGCGCAGGACGAGUGUAUCGCGGGACUGGAGCCUGUUGCGGUUCGCGUGUUCAGUAAUAUGGGAGGUGGCACCAUAUUGGGGAGAGCUCAGCAGCAGGAGGCGCAAGCAACGAGAGAAGUUUUGUUUUAUAUGCUGCAGAAAACUAUGCAUCAGCCUAAGGUAUUGAAUCUAGUUUCAUGUGUGCUCUCGCUAUCCCAAGAACACCCAGAGAGUUACUAUCGCUGGUCCGAGCUAGCCAGCGAUACCUUACUGAACUUGCUCAGCGAGAGAAGUGUGGAGUGCGACUCCAUUCAUGCGGUAGAGUCCUUGGAAACAUUGCUACAGUCUCUAUAUAGAGACGUGCUGUUAGAACAGACGCGUGUUGAAAUACUCUUGAAGAUAUUGUUCAAAGCGCCAUUAGAUCAGGAGACAACUCCCAGAAAACUAAAGCUCCGUUACUUAACUAUAAUAAUGGUACUAUUACGUAAAGUCUUAGUCCUGAUACCGGAAAGCGAGAUAUUGCUCUCAAUAAAUUAUUUGAAAUCGACUUGCAUCUCACCUCAGUCUAUAUUUUUCAACGUGAAACCGAACGUCGAUCCGUUGAACGUUCAAAAUGUUAACGAAACCUGCGCAAACCUGUCCCCAGAUGUUAUUCUAGUCCGAUUUCUUUUUAAAACGUUGACAUAUGCGAUUAUUGAAAUGGAAGAUUUUCAAGCGAAUAUCAAUCUAGAUGACGAAGACGAUAAGGUUCAAAAUCGUUUAAUGUACUCUGUAUGUGUAAAUAUCAUUGUACAGGUUAAGCAUAUGCUUCAUUUGACGAAUGGCUGUCUGUUCCCUCUCACAGCUAAAACGGCUCAAACGAUCCUGCACAACGAACAAAGUGGUCUAAACACGGGCCUCUACAGUCCCGAGGAAAACAUUCCUUUGGAUACAUUGAAUUUGAUAUGUUUGAGAUCUGCGCAUAGACUGCCUCUGAUUACUGUUCAUUGGUCACAUUUGUUGAUAAGAUUGAACUUCCUGUCUCAUAAGUAUUGGCACAAACUAAUAGGAUUCGCUCGCAAUUUGCCGCUCAGUGCGGACAGCGGCGACACGGCGCUGCUGAGGGUCGACCUGCUGCAGACGGCCUGCGUCAUGGCCUAUUGUGAAUAUUUUCUAGAUAACGGGCUAUCUGAAGCAGUUCACCUGACGUGGUUGCUGGUGAACCGAGUACACAUCCUCGUGUCGCAGUUCAACGAGGACGUCGUUCGGAACCUGUUGGGGAAGGUCCAGCAGGCCGCCGGGGCCUCGGGGCUCCUACUGCAGGCUAUGGCUGCGAGAUGCCAGAGCUGUUUGAAAAAUGAUUUUGCACUGAAUACACACAAAAUAUUGUCCCUGUGUCAUGAGAGUCAGUCCGGAGCUUUAGUUUUUCUGAUAUGUCGCAUUAUUGGGAAACUGGAACCAGCUAUCGCCACUCGAUUCGCAAAACUGGCAAUAGACAGGUGUAAGUCACUGAAAAGUAUGUCGCCAGAGAUAAUAAACUCGCAGCUUUCGAAAGAAGAUGUUCAAGUGGCACUUGAAUUGUUGCAAAGGGACAAGGUUCAUAUUCGUUAUUCAAAUUUGGUGGUGGAGUUAAACGCUUUAGCAUCCAGCGUAUUCGAUCUAUCGCCGUUGGACCUCUCUCAAGACAGGGCGAUCAAUCCCCAUUACAUCAUCACCAGCAACGUCGACAGCAGCUGGUUACUCAGCCAGGUUAAAAGCAGAUGCUGUCAAACGGAUUGCAAUAUACCGAAGGUUCCGAAGUACAAUGAUUUGGCGCUACUGUUAUCAAAUCUUUCUCAAGAAGAUCUAAAAGCCAUAAUGUCAUGUCCGGAGUUUGACAGAAAAAUUUUAAGUUCGUGCUUCAAAGUGGCGUGUGAAACGUUCACAAGAGAAUUCUUUAACACGAUAUCGGAGCAAGAACUGCGAGAGUCGGAGAUAGACUUAAUAAGAGAACAGAGAGAGAUGGAAUUAGCUAAAGAAGAAAUGUCUUCUUCCGUGGACAGCAAUAAACUGUACGUAGUCAAUACUUUACAAGUGUUCAAGAAGGGUGACGCCAAGGAGUCCAAGUCACAGUUCUUCAUUCCGAUCAUGGAUAACGAUGUCAAAGAAAAAUUUGGGAAUUUGCAAAUAUCGGAAGAGGAAACCGAUAUAUCGAUACCAGAGCUAUCUAAAUUGUAUCAAGUUUCCUUGAUGACGUUGGACAAGUCGUUGGCCGAUGUUCUCAAACUUUUCCCGAAACAAAACCGUCCUUUGAGCCAAUCAGAAAACUUUAAUUUGAAUAUCGAACAAACCAUAGACAGGUAUACGAGGCGAUGCCACCAAGUGUUCCAGGAUAAAUUAUUCUAUCAGGAAUUUAUAACUAUACACACAGUGUUGACAGGAUUUUUAAAAUCCGCUGAUGCAAUUCUGACUCUUAUAGACGAAACUGACUGUGAUUUAGUAGAAAAAUGCGUUGAAAAUAUAAUUCCAAGUUCAUUAUCUAGAAAUAUAGCUGUGUUUUCCGUCGUAUCGCUACAGUAUAUGUCGUUCUUGAUAAAGAAUAAGAAAAUAGUCGAGACUCCAAUUAACGCCGAUGUAUCUUUCCGUGUGACGAACGUUACCACAGAUAAUGUAUGCGUGGAUCACGUUAUAUUGGUCACAGUUGAGAAUGUGUCAAAGGCUUUGAGUUUUAAAGAAAUUUGGUCCGAGUUGAACACCGAGAACAAUUCAAACAGGACUCAAUCAGCGAUUAGUUGCUUGUAUGCAAUCGUGAAGUAUUUAGUUAAGGACAAAAAACCCUUGAUCCUGAAAUCGUUCAUGAAAUUUCAAGACGAUGGUCCGAAACCGGAUAUAAUAAUCACGGGGAAUAAAUUGGCAACAUUGAUCGAAUAUUGGGAAGAGAAUUUGUAUACGAAGACAAGUAAAGGUAUACUCGGUGAGAGAUAUAAAACAGCAAUCGAGAGUCUCCUCGUGAGCUUGUCGAGGUUAGAAUUGGUAACCAACAUAGCCCUCGUACCACCUCUAGCGUGGUCGUUCGUUGAAGUGAAGACGAAGAAGGAACACCUGGAAAAGAUCGAUUUACCGUUGCAGCCCUUGCAGGAUAUGGAUAUUUUGGAAGCGUUUUUGUUUAGGGUCAACCUCGUCGGCUGGUCGACGAAGAAGCAGUUCGAGGAGAUCUGGGUGGGGCUGCUGGGCGCGCUGCAGGGCAACGGCGCGCACUGGGCCGUGACCGGCAUCGCGCAGCUGCUGCUCGGCGUGGGCGGGCUCGUGCGCGGCCGCCUGCCGCACGUGCCGCGCGCGCACCUGCCGCUCACGGACGGAAUGCAACGUCUCCGAAGCAUUCUCAUCGGUACAUCAGCGUACAGUAUAUUCGAAGACGUGAACCUUGAACGGAUACCGCUAAUGAGGGACGGCUCCUGUGGAUUUCACUACGGGCAGUUCAGUACGGACUAUUUGAAAUACGCUGCAGAUAUGACGGACGAUGUCUCGUAUAAGGUUCGCAAAGAAGUGAAGCGCACGCGGAAGAACACGGGAAUCGACGUGAACAGUUGUCUCCAGCUGCUGAUGGAUGUAGCCACCGAUAUGCUGGAUCCGAAGGCGGCGACGGGCGUGGCGGGGCGCGUGGCGCUCACGAAGUGCCUGUGCGCCAGCGCGGCGCGCCUGAGCGGCGGCGCGCAGUGGGCGCGGCUGGGCGCGCUGCUGGACGCGCCCGCGCACUGGCCGCACGCCGCCGCCGCCGCGCUGCACGCGCUCGCGCAGGCGCUGCCCGUGCUGCACCGCCUGCAUUCAGUUUUCAGCAGGAUAGCGCUGGAACUGGUAGUCGAGGCGCCGUCGGUGCACGAGAAGCUGCUGCGCUCGCUGGGCGCGGGGCACGCGCCGCUGCGGCAGGCGGCGCUGCGCGGCUGGCUGCUGCAGCUGCGCGCCGCCGCGCCCGCCGCCGACUGCGUGGCCGCGCUGCGCCGCGCCGCGCGCGCGCACCUCGCCGCCGACGACAGAAUAUCUCUCCAUGAAAAGAGUUUGUAUUGGGCGGUGCUGUUCACCUUGGUGGAGAUUGGCCAUCCUGAUCUCAUGAAUAUUCCAGUUGACUUCAUUCUGGCUAAUCCGAGGCAUUAUUGCGCCGAUUUAGUUGUUAAAGGUAUUACGUCAAUACUUCGUCAACAAGUGCUGCCUAAAGACUUGAAGAAUAAUAUUAUCGAAAAGUUAUUAGAAAACAUGAACACAUGCACAGAGAAUCAUGCCGUACAAAUCGUUAUGGUGCAUCUGUUUUCAGCGGACAGCAAGCUCUUAAGUCCAAAGCUCGAAUCGCACGUCUCAAACAUGGAUCCAGACAUUCUAAUGAACUCAAUGGAACGAAUAACAUUACUCUACAAAGUAUUAAGACAGUGCAAACGUAGAGAAAACAAGCAAAUCAUAUCAUCAGCUUUGAAGUACUUCCUGAGGGAGACUCUCCCACCCGCGGCGACUCUGAGUAGAGUCGUGAUAGAGUACUUGGAGUGCUGCAAGGAGACCGAGAGGAAAUGUAUGGGACUGAUGAGCGAUAGAGACAAAUGGAUCGAGUGUUCCGUCUUCAAUUCUGAAGUUGUUUUCGAGGUAUUUGAAACGUCAGUUUCCCAAGACCAACUGCCGGUGCUAAGCGGAUGGAUCUUCGAAGCGCUUUGUCAUUUACUCACAGGAAAAAUAUCCUCUAAGCUAUUGCCAUAUUGCCUUCUAACAUUACUAGUUUCAGCCAGUUCGAACCAGUAUAUAAGAUCAACAAAUGCCCUAUCGUCUUACAUACUUCGUACCGGUUUUUAUAAAUCGCCGGAAAAUAUCCAGAAUUGGGGUAUUUUCGAAGAUUUUGUCGUAAAUAGAGUGAAGAUGUCGUUUGCGGAUCGGAGACUUCUCUGCAUAGUCGCGCUACAUUCAAACUUCAGCGCGAACCAAUUGGAACGAUUGAAAGAGCUAUGUGAGGGGAACGAAUGCUUGAAUGACUUAUUGGAAUGUUUGAUGGCAACUUCAUAAAUUAACCAAGGCAACUUAAUUUAUAUAGAUUCAAAAUUGUUGAAAGUUACGAAGCUUUUAUCGAAAAAAAAUAGAUUUAGAUUGUUUCCUGAUUAAAAAUACAUUCACCUAAGCAAUAUAAUACAAUGUCAUCAUACUUACAUAAUGAAUUAAUACUUUAAUUAAUAAUACC